AUGCGACAGAAUGUCACACUGAUACUUAUGACGGUUGUCAAUGUGGUUGCGAGCACACUGUUGUACCUGUCUUUCACCUACGCCGCCCCCGGAAUCGCUCUUGGAAUCGUCCAAGGAACCGUACCGCUGUUUACAACCUGUAUUGGGUUUAUAGUACUAAAGGAAACCGUGACUCUUAUUCCGUGUUGUGGGAUACUCAUCAGUGUGACAGGAGUGGUUCUAGUCGGUAUCGGGAUGGGACACCAGGGCGCAGACUCGACCCAAAACCUCGCCGUCUCGAUCGUCUUACCUCUGGCUGCUGCUUUGACCAGAGCGCCUGGUAUCGUACUGUUUCGCGUCGUUAUAAAGAAUAUAUCUUUCCUUCCUAUAAUGCUGUACACGUCAUUGUUGGGAACUGUGGCCCAAUUCAUACUGACUUACUCACUGGAGACUCCUGUAUGGACCAUGUCAGCAAAAACAACAGGGUACGUAGCAGGGUUAGGCCUAACCCAGGCCCUAGCCACGCUAACCCUUCUGGGUGUACUAGAUGUUGAAAAGGCAGCCAUAGCUGUUGCCAUGGGAACGCUGGUGGUACCAAUCACCAUCCUUAUGGACUACCUCUUCCUGUCGAAGGUACCGGGACUACUGAAGUGGGUGGGCUUGUCUCUGGUGGUACUGGGUACGGUGGUACUUAGUGUUUACACUUGGUGGCAGCACCGUCAAGAGGAAAGGCACAAAGAACUACUGGAAACUUUGGACUUUUCCCAUCUGCAAGAUGAUGAGAACUGA